ACGACGUCACACAAAGGCGCGAACGUGGGACAGUUUCAAAACAAAGUGGAAGGUUUGCACAUGACCUAGACAUCACGAUAGUAAUGUUACGUAAUGUUUCAUACAGAUAACUACUUAACAUAGAUUGAAGUUUGAGAAGAGUUAAGUUCAGAACAUUGCUACCAUCUACCAUGUCUACAGUGCCGCCGCUUUCUAUUUUACGAGAGAGAAAAUUGAAGCAGAAAUUAUGGCUGGAAAAGGUGAAGAAACUUGAAGAAAAGGAGAUAUGGUUGAAAGAACAUCCUCUUAUUCCAGAAUAUAAACCAAGGUUAUCAGAGCCUUCUCCAUUCUGGCUGGUGUUUUUCAGACAGAAGCAAGCAUUUGAAUGUACAACUGCUCACCCUCAGGAUGUACACACCUUUGCCUUUGAACCAGAAAACCUGCAGACCUCCGCCGGAAAGGGUCUCCGAAAAUAUCUUGUAACCAGCUACUCCCAGCUCUGGCAUACGGUCAAGUCGUUGGCCCACAGUGAUCACCACGGCUCCUUCUACGAGAUCAUCCCAGAGGGGGCAGCCUGCAAGCUUUAUUUUGAUUUGGAGUUUAGACGAGAUUUGAACCCUUAUGCUGAUGGUGGUGCUAUGGUCCAGACUCUGAUUAAGUUUGUUUGCUUCGAGCUUCAGAAGUUUUACAAUAUCCACUGCAGUGAAAGUCAUGUGAUCAAUUUGGAUGCCAGCACGGUGUCAAAGUUCAGUUGUCACCUGAUCUUCAACAUACCAGGUGCCAUCUUUAAAGAUAAUGUUCAUGCAGGAAACUUUGUGCGGUACCUAUGCAGGAGAAUAAAAUCUUACUGUAGCACUCCAGAACAAUCUUCGAAUGACCGAUCGACCUCCAAGGAAGCUGAGACUCGUGAUCUUCAUGUCAGUGAUGAUAAUGGAUCCCCACAUAGCGACAAUCAAGAACCUCCAACAAAGAAGAGUAGAUGCGAGACAUCAGAUGAGAGGAGUAACCAUGGUAACCGGAUGACGAGGCAACCUUGCCAUGAAGCCAGUGAUCCAGGAGAGUUCAGUGAGGAAGACAAGUUGACGACCUUGUACAUCAAUGUACCUGAUGGAGGAAGAGAGUUGUUUAUUGAUACGGCUGUGUACACUCGCAACAGGAAUUUUCGGCUCUACAAGUGCGUUAAGCUCGGGAAGUCAAAUCCUCUUCUGGUUGCCGCGGACAACAGAUACCAAACAAAGAUGAAUUCCAAGAAGAAACCUGUAAGACCAGGAGGGGAGGAGUACCAGCUCUUUCUGGAUUCAGUCAUUACGCACGUCAAAUUUGCACCGUAUACAAGAGUGUUGACGUGUGAGGGAAAGGAAGGCUCUGCAAAACGGCAAGUUCAAUAUGAUAGUAGCACGACAUCGAGGAGGGAAGAGCGUGCAGAGACAACAGAGGGGUACCAGACAUCCCCCUUCCCGGAGAUCGACUCAUACAUCAGGGUGUACUGCAUCUCAAAAGGGGGAAUGGCAGGGGAGAUCAGGAGAUGGACCUAUUUCUCAGAGGCUCAGCUCCUGGUGUAUGACGUCGUCAAGAACAGGUGGUGUGAGAAUAUUGGCAGACAGCACAAGAGCAACAACAUCAUGAUCUUGGUGGACUUGAGGAGAGGGGUCUACUACCAGAAGUGCCACGACCCCACCUGUCGAGCGCAAGGCUACAAAUCCGACGAUCACCUUGUACCUCCAGAGCACCUCCCUUCCUUCACCGACUGGGACGAGGAUGAAUUGAUCAACGUCUCCCUUCGAGUAGAAGAAGAUGCAAGGUCCAACGAGAUGAAUCAGAACAGCUUUUGCUCUGACUUUGACAGUUUCCAUGAUGACGGUGCCGAUGAGGAGCUGAUAAAGCUGGGUGAGAGUUACGAUGCACCUGAAAUGAGCGAUGAUGGCAGGUCUGUACACCGGACAGGGAAUGAUGAAAAAGGGCGUGGCAGUACCCCAAGAAGAAAAUCGGGAGGGGAGGAGCUGAUCCAGCUUGCCAAGAGUAUUGAUGAUGAUGAUGAUUGCGCAUCAGGAGGGAGUGUGGGGCGGAAGGGAGAAGUUGAAGAGGAGAAGAGGACUUCAGGGAAGGGUGAGGAUGGGUGGGAGGAUCAUAUCACGGAUGAUGAGCUGAUGAGGAGUUUCCAGGAAUGAUGCAGGAGGGUCUGGUAACCAUAAUUACUACACCGCUGAGCUCUGGCAAUAGCUUUCUUCAUUUGCUAUAGAUCAAAACCUUGAACUGCCAUGUUUGGAGAAAGUGGUACAAAUAGACUUGUCGCUGUCCAAUGUCUGUUGCAAUAGUCUGCUGAAGCUGGUAUCAUGUUAAAGGGCAAUCCUACCCUUGUAAUAAGUAUAAUUGUAUGAAAGCAGAAAAA